GAUGGCAGCAAUACGCCCUUGCAGCGUCUAGUCCGUCAAAUCUAAGAAGAAGAAGAAGAAGUGGAGGCGGAAGAAGAGAAAAAAAAAGAAAGAGUAUAUAAUUGGGAGUUUGGGUAAAAUGGGGCUCUGUCAACGUUUCUUCGGGUGGACCUUUUAAAGGCACUGGAACCUUUCCUUCUUUAGAGCACAGCGAAUAAUCAGGAGAAGGAGAUGGAAAAGAUGACAUCCCUCCACUUGUCAUCAGCCACUGCUUUAACACCCUCCAAGAGAGACUGAGAGGGAGUUAAAGUGAUCUUCUGGCAUACAGACAAGACAGGGAGACAAAGAGAAAACACAGAAAGCUAUUAGCCACACUUAAAGCAAAGGAAAUGGCUUUCUUGGACAAUCCAGCCAUUAUUCUGGCCCACAUCAGACAGUCCCAUGUUACCAGUGAUGAUACAGGAAUGUGUGAGAUGGUACUAAUAGACCAGGAUGUGGAUCUGGAGAAGUGCCAGCUGGCUCUGGUACCUGGCAGCAGCAGCUGUGGGUCAGGCUCCCUAAGUGAGGAGGGAAGCAGUGUGACAGAUAAUCAUGCUUGUGACCUUUCCCAGUCCAUGGACAUCACCUCCAGCUGGGACUUUGGUAUCCGUCGGCGUUCUAACACAGCCCAAAAACUUGAAAGGCUAAGGAAAGAACGGCAGAACCAAAUCAAAUGUAAAACCAUUCAGUGGAAAGAGAGAUCAUCAUCCCAGUCAGUGGAGGAUCUGGGGUCUGUGUUUGAAAAACGUGACUUCAAAGACAGGCCGCGGUUAACAGGUACUAAAUCCACCCUUUCACUGCGAUUGGAGCAGUGUCCCCAGCAGCUCAACAACCCCUUCAACGAAUACUCCAAAUUUGAUGGCAAGGGCCAUAUUGGCACAACAGCCACAAAGAAAAUCGACGUCUACCUUUCAAUGCAGAUGGCUCAAGAGAAAGUACAUCCAAUGACAGUGGUGACCAUCGCAAAUGCCCGUGUCCAUGACCUCAUCGGGCUCAUCUGUUGGCAGUACACAAGCGAGGGACGAGAACCCAAACUCAAUGAGAAUGUGAACGCAUACUGUCUCCACAUUGCAGAGGAUGAUGGUGAGGUGGACACUGACUUCCCUCCACUUGACUCCAAUGAGCCAAUCCACAAGUUUGGUUUCAGCACGUUGGCCUUGGUGGAGAAAUACUCCUCUCCUGGUCUCAUAUCCAGACAGUCGCUGUUUGUCAGAAUAAAUGCUGCCCAUGGUUUUUCUCUGAUCCCUGUGGACAGUAUGAAGGUUACUAUGAAGGAAAUUCUCCAGAAAGCACUCAAGAAGAGGAAAGGCUCACAGAAAGGCUCCGGGCCCAUGUAUCGCCUAGAGAAGCAGACAGAGCCAAAUGUCGCAGUAGACCUGGACUUGACACUGGAAAGUCAAAGCACCCUGGAGUUUUGCCUGGUCCGAGAAAACAGCUCUAGGGGAGAGGAGAGUUCAGAGGAAGACCCUCCUGUUGACAUCACCACAGUCCAAGACAUGUUAAGCAGUCACCACUACAAGUCCUUCAAGAUCAGUAUGAUCCACAAGCUACGCUUCACCACAGAUGUCCAGCUAGGCAUUUCAGGAGAGAAAGUGGAGAUUGAUCCUGUUACCAAUCAGAAGGCCAGUACUAAGUUCUGGAUUCGGCAGAAACCCAUCUCUAUUGACUCAGACCACCUCUGUGCCUGUGACCUUGUAGAGGAGAGAAGCCCCACUCAUGCAAUUUUUAAGCUAACUUAUCUCAGCAACCAUGAUUACAAGCCCCUCUAUUUUGAGUCUGAUGCUGCUACUGUCAAUGAAAUAGUACUAAAGGUGAACUAUAUCCUGGAGUCGCGGGCCAGUACCUCUCGUGCUGAUUACUUUGCUCAGAAGCAGCGGAAACUGAGCCGCCGGACCAGCUUCAGCUUCCAGAAGGAGAAGAAGAGUGGCCAGUAGACACCUGUUUGUCUGCAUACACACAGACAUGAUAGUCUCAUACACUGACAGCAUCAGGCUCAACAGGAGUGGAGACUGACUGGACAGUCAAGACGGAGCAGGAAACACAGCUCAAGCUCGUUUAAAUUAUAUUGUAAAAAAGAAAGACUUGUGGGAAAUGUUGGUUGUCAUGUUGCCAUCAGUUCCUUUUUUAUUCACUGCCUCUGAAUUUAUCCAUCCUCCAGGAUAUAUUUGUACAGCUUGGACACGCUGGUUUGUACACCCAACAAGCAAAUCAAGAGCUGCAUCCUAUCAUGCGACAUGUUUUCUACAUGUUCGCCCCAAGGUUCCUGCAUCUUUUUCACAAUAUAAUAAAGAAAAUGCUUCACGUU